GAAAUCAGGAAGCUAAAAAAAAUUCUUGUCAACUCAAGUGCUCGUAAGCCCCAGCCUCACAUUUCUCGUGUUAUCCUCGCCAACAUUACGGUUAGAAAACGGGUCUUUCCUGGUACCCACUGAAAGACCAAAAUGGGGUGCUUCUUUUCGAAAAAAUCCAAAAGAAAGUCCGCCGAAAAAGAUGAACAUACGCCGACAACAACGACGGUAGAAACUACGACGACAAGCAACGCUGUUCCCCUUGGCAACAACACCGACGAGGCACCGAAGCAGUACAGCUGGGACAAGAGAGAGAAGGUUGAUCCCAAAGACUACAUGCUGACAGGGCUCAAAGAUGUCACGGUGGGCCGUCUGCCUGACAAACUGAACGGCCAACAGUUUGUCAUUCAGGAGUGUGAGAACUGCAACAUCUACGUGUUCGACCACUCGGCGACUAUCACUAUCGAUGACUGUGUCAACUGCCGCAUUUUCCUCGGACCUAUCAAGGGCAGUGUGUUCUUCAGAGACUGUAAAGACAUCAAGUGUGUGGUAGCGUGUCAGCAGUUUCGCACACGAGACUGUAAAAAGAUGGAGGUGUUCUUGUGCUGUGCCACUCAGCCCAUCAUUGAGUCAUCUACAGGGAUGAAGUUUGGCUGCUUUCAGUACUUUUAUCCCGAGCUGGCCUUUCACUUCAAGGACGCUGGGCUCAGCAUAUUCAACAAUAACUGGAGCAACAUCCACGACUUCACGCCGGUGUCUGGAGAGAACAACUGGAGCUUGUUGCCAGAGUCUUCAGCUGUACUGGAUUAUGUACCAACUCCAGACCCUGAGUCUGAAUUCAAGUCGGUUCGAAUCUCCACUGACCCCGGACGCAGCAUUGUGCCUUUGACAAAGGGAGGAAGGCGUAAGGACAGUGAUGAGUCCUGCCUCUUUGUUUUCUUCGCUGGAGACUACACCACUGCAAAUGCCCGCAAACUGAUUGAUGAGGCGAUUGCUAAAGGUUUUGUGCUGAUCCAGACGAAGGAAGUCUCAAUGCGGCCUGAAGAUGUGAAGAGAGUUUUUCAGAACAGUGCAGAGGAUCUCGUGGAGUGGAUCACCAAAGGUCCUGUUAUUGCCCUGGAGUUGAGCGGUGACGGAGUUGUGGAAGCCUGCAAGAACAUCGCUAAUGAAGUGUUCAGUGGGACCAAGGUUUUCGUCUCUGACAACAAAAAUACGUCAUCUCGAGAUGUGGACAACUUCUUCAACUUCGCUGACAUGCAGAUGGGCUUGUGAAGGAUUAAGUAUCGAAACAAACUGCUUGUCUAUGAAUCUUAUCUUCUAAUUCACCCUGCCGCCGUCCAACUUGGGUUGAGUAUGAGCAGCGUUUGAUUAUUUGCCUGUUUCUGUCCUUAGAAAUUAGACCGCAAUGAAAAAUAUUACGGAUUGGGUUUGAUAAAGCCUUGGAUAAAACCGUUUAUGAACCAUGAGUAUACAGACUAAAAUUCACCCCUCUAUCAUAUAAAACAUUAGCUGUAAACCACUUAACAUCCAUCAGUUGCUAAGAGUGCUGUGAAUAUUUAUAAUUCUAUGAAUGUAUUUAGUAUUUUUGUUGCUUUCAUCGAUUGUGAAUGUAGCUCUAUGCUGUAAAUGUCAGUCAUUUUAAUUUAAAGCUUUGUUUUUCUUUACUGUAUGAAACGCAGUGGAAAAAACAUGAGCACACGAAUGCCUGAGGGGAAAUAUUUUAUAUAUAUAUUAAUCAUAUUUUUAUUUCUUACAAGGAUUUAUUUGUGUAUGUGGAUUAGAUAAUGGACUUGUUUAAAGAUGUGUAUAUUUGAGACAUGCUGUGUAGACGAUAACUACAUCUUUACUGAUAUCUUAGGCCAAAGUUGAAUUGUGUUGUGCUGUUCAUGUAGAUGAACCGAUCCGUUUACACUAAACUGUGUAAACACUUGUAAACUUGCUGGGUUUUUGAUGUAGGCAACUCAUGUGAUCAUUUUUAUUUUUUUAUGUUUGUUUUAUACUCUACUGAAUGUUUUUGUAUGGACACAAAUUAAUGUUCUUUAUCAUCAUUUAUAGUAAAAGUUUCAUUACGUGUGACUUCA